GAUAGGCUAAAGAUCUUGUAAACGUUUUGUCUGAAAACCCUUUUAUAAAAAAACAUUUUCUCCUGUAAAAAUGAAAAAGUUUGGUAAAAAUUGAACUCCUACACUUCCACAUAUGAUAUACUUUCAUGGCUGUUAAAAGGAUUUUACCAGGAAACUUCGUGGAAGCUUUAUAAUUUCGUCUUGGCGCUGACAUGCAUUUAUCUCUGGGUGGCUCAAACUCAAAACUACUGACUUCCGAUUUAUCUUUCGUCAUUCCUACCUCAAAUAUUAACAACAAGAACAUCUACAAUAUCUUCUGGAUAGCUCUAGGACCUGCAAAAUGAUCUUUAAGCAAGUAGUUGUGUCAGUCUUGAAUAAAUUCCUUGGAAAAUACGUCAAAGAUUUGGACACUUCGAACUUGGAGUUGGAAAUUUUGAGUGGGCAAGCUUUUCUGAAAUCUUUGGAGCUGAAAGAGGAUGCUUUGCGUGAAUUUGAUCUUCCUGUGGAAGUAAACUAUGGAUAUGUUGGAGAGAUUUUUCUGUCAAUUCCCUGGACAAAUCUAUAUUCAUCUCCUUGUUACAUUUCCGUUAAGAAUGUCUACCUUAUUGCUGGCCCUGUCAAAGACAAACCUUAUGAUGCAGAAAAGACAAGAGCUGCUGAAGUGAGCAUCAAAAGGAAACGACUGAGACAGAUUGAAGAAAGUGCAAAAGCAAAAGACAAUACGCCAGCUGAGACAACAGCUACAGAUGGCAGUGAUUCAUCAUUUGUUGAAAAACUCAUAGCACAAGUUGUGAAAAACCUCAAAGUGACAGUCCAAAAUAUUCACUUUCGAUAUGAAGACAAGGUGACAUCGGCAAACAGUCCUUUUGCCUUUGGUUUUACGCUGAAUAAUCUUUCUGCAGAGACUACUGAUCAAGAUUGGCAGACCUGUAUUGUUGAUGCAGCUGAAACAACUAUUUAUAAGCUUGCGAGUCUGGACAAUCUAGCAGUCUACUGGAACACAAAUCUUCCUCAAAGUAGUUUGUUUUCUGGAAAGGCUGAUUGGAAGAUGAAAAUGAAGGAUGGGAUUUCAAGAAAAGGAAACAUUCAGGGAGAAUAUGAAUUCAUUUUGCAUCCUCUUUCUGCCGAGUGUCAUGUUAUUUUGGAUCAGUCAUCAGUUAUUGAACUUGACACUCCUAAGUUGUUAGUGGAGGUGAUACAACAGGAAUUAGCAUUAGCCUUGUCACAGAAACAGUUUUAUAAUCUAAUGGAUCUACUGGAUUCUUUCGAACUGAUGAUCAUCAACCAGAAGUACAAGAAGUAUCAGCCUAAUCAGCCUAUCCAUGGGAACAGCAAAAAGUGGUGGAGAUAUGCUUAUAAAUCUAUCUGCGAGGAGAAGAUUCGGUGUUGGUCCUGGGACAGAAUAAAAGAACACAGAACUAAAUACAAAGUAUACAAAGAACUGUAUAAAAAGAAGCUAAAGGGAUUCCAUGAAGGCGAAAUGGAAAGAUCGCUCAAUCAUUUGCAGAUUCUUGAAGAUGAUCUCGACAUUCCCUCCAUACUUAUUGCCCGACAACAAGCAGAAAUAGAGGUUCCACCAAGCAAGAGAAAGCCUAAAGAAGAUAUCCAAUCAUCUGCAAAAACAGGCUGGUGGUCUUGGAUGGGUUUAGGUGCAGCUGCCUCUACCGCUAACAUUCCUGGCACUGACAAUGAGGAACACCUUCUUGCUCUAACUGUGGCUGGUCUGCCUGCUGAUGAAAAAGAAAAACUUUACCGAGCCAUUAAUUACAGUGAGAACACAACGCCGAUAAAAUAUCCAGUAGAGUAUGUCAAGAGAAGACUUACUUUUAACCUCGAUUCAUGCAAGGUAGUGCUCCUAGACAACGAGAAAAGUAAAAUAGCUGAGAUAUCAACCAAAGGCUUUGCUGCAGCAUUGGAGCAGAGACCCGGAGGAGAUGCUAUAAUGUUCAGCUGUGAGGUUAAUAGUUUCCAAGUCCAUGGUACGCAAGCUGGAAGCGACAGGCCCUGCUUGGUGUCAUCCAAAACCUCUUUCAGUGGAAUGGGCAAUGCCUUGCUAUGGUUCUCUUUCGAACUCAACCCUCUUGAUGUCCAGGCUGAUUAUUCUGUCAAACUAAAGAUCGAACCGGUUGAAGUAAACUACGACAAUAUGACCAUUGAUAAUAUUAUAGACUUUUUUGACGUUCCAAACAAGUCAAAGCUGUACGAACUAGAAGCCGCUGCAGCAAAUAAACUGCAGGAACUGCAGAGCUGGACAAGAGCAGGACUAGAAUAUGCUAUCUCACAGCAUAAGAUAACCUACGUCGACAUGGAUAUAAGAUCACCUUAUAUUGUCAUCCCUGAGUAUGGAAAUCUUGAAAGGAAAGGUAGUGUGCUCAUCAUUGAUCUAGGACAUCUUAGAGUUAUCAGCGACCUGGUAUCGAGGAAAAAAACUUUUGCGCAAGCGACUGAUGAUGAGAUAGCCAAGAUGUUCUAUGACCAAUUCAAUGUCAUGAUCACUGAUGUACAAGUCCUCUUGGCUGACAAAGAUUCCGAUUGGAGGGUUCUUCACAAGCAGGAUGCUACAGCAGACCACAUCCUACCUUCCAUUGGUCUAGAAUUGCAGGCAUUUAAAAGUAUCAGUGCUGAGUAUCCUGAACUGCCCGAGUUUAAAGUCAAGGGAGUGAUUCCAAAGAUAUGGCUGAAACUUUCUGACAAGAAAUACAAGCAAUUAAUGCAGUUCAUCAAGAAUUUUCCAUUUGGUAAAGCAAGUGAGACAGAGACAACACCGAGGAUUAUUGGAUCAAAAAAUUUGGUUGACAAGGAGUGGACACACAAUCUUUCUACUUUAUCUCUGGAAGAGGCACAAGGCAUUCAGAAUAUUUGUCGAGAGGCUUUCCACACAACUGAAGAGGAUGACGAAGGCGAAGUCUGGUUCGACUCUGUCGAAUACCUAGCAAAGCCUGUGACAGAAAGCAAAGCAUCUAAAACUGCGGAAAGAACUCAGCUCCUAGGAGAGUUUUCCAUACAACAGGCCCUGGUGGAUCUUCUUUGUGCGUCCUCAGCUCCAAAUCAAACAAUGAAUGGAUAACAAUCAACUAUGUUAAGGCAGAUCCUAAAGGCCCAGAAUUUUCAGAGAAGUUUAACAACACUGAACAACGCAUCAAGAUAGUGUUCAGCUCGAUAGAACUGAUGGCACAGCAAGAGGCCUUGGCGAGCUUUGAAAUUUUUGUGUUGGACUUACUACAGAGUGAGGAAAGUGAGCCCAUUCUGCCAGUUGUACGAAAAAAUCCAAUCCCAUUACAAACCAUAACAGAAGACGAAGUUCUGACCGCUCGUCCAAUCUCACCAGUAAGCCGUAGUGUGAUCGAUAUGUGCAUCGAAGCGGAAAUGGAGGAAGUCUGUGUGACGUUAAUAGCGAAGGAAAAAACCGUUGGACAAAUCAAAGUGUCAGGUCUGAAUGUUAAAGUUGAUGUACGAGGACCAGAGACGAAAAUAAACACAAUGUUAAAGGAUCUCAGUAUUCUUAAUGCAACUGAAGGAACAAUAUAUCCAAAGAUUCUUUGCCUUCAGGACAACACUGUCUUCGACUGCGAGAUAACGCUUUUUGACAACAAGAGGAGCUCUAACGACCCUCUAGCACUGGAUGUAAUAGUGGAUCUCAAACUUGGCCGAUUUACCUUCGUCUUUCUGAGUGGAUUUACUGCUCAUAUACAAAACUUUUUACAAGCUCUGGUCAGCCCAGAAACGGUGUCGUACGCUCAGAAUAUAACGCAGAAGGCACUCAAAACCAAGGCGCAGGGCAUCCAAGAGAGUGGUUCCAAGAUAGGACUCAACAUCAGCGUGCAUGCUCCUCAGCUAAUAAUCCCUGGACACUCGUUCUCUAAGGACAUGAUGAUUGCAGAUCUUGGUAGACUUGAGAUUACUAAUGCUAUAAGUAAGGGCCAAGAUGGUGUUCUCAUGGAUAAUAUGGCUGUUACGUUGAAGUCUUUUGAAGUUCGAUGUUUGUCGGAGAAUGUCAAAAAUGCCACAGACUACUUGAUAGAGCCUAUCAAACUGGACGUAACUGUACAACGAAGACUACAGAUAACGAAGAGUCAUCUACCAUUGAUAGAAGUAGACGCUGUUCUUCCACUUCUUAAGAUUAAUAUAGCUAUACCAGAUUACAAACUGUUGAUGAUGGUCUUAAACAGAAAUCUCUCUGAAGGAAAAGAAGAGCUAGAUACUCCACCGCGUGCACAUUCAGAGGAAAGUCUGGAUGUUGCUGAGGAUAGAGUCGAACAAUUCAGACAAAGAAUCGCUAGCGUGUUUGAACCUUUGGCCUCCAAGGAAGCUUCCACUAGUGAUGCAGAUGAGCAAGUCAACCUCAAGUGCAAUUUUAACGUCCAAAAGGUCAUAGUACUUUCGCCUCUGAUUGUUAAUGACCAGAUCAAACCCUAUCUUGUCCUAAACAUAGAAAAACUUUUGGCAACAGUUAUGCUAGAUACAUGGACAGUCAAUGUACAGGCUGAUCUGGGGACUAUUGACCUCAUUGAUCGUAUGAAUACUGGUCCUGAUGAGCAACCUGUCUCUAUAAUAUCAUCAUCGAGGGAAGAAGACCUAAUAUCUGUUGGCUAUAAGAUGGUGGAUCCUGCUUGUCCUGAAUUUGAAUCCACUCACUGUUCAGUACAACAAACAGCCAACGUUGAAUUCAGAAAACUGAAAAUAAGUUGUCCACAAAAGUCUGCAGUAGAUCUACAAGCGCAUGUUCUCACUCUUACUUCCAGUUUACCCCAGUCUACAGAAGAGCCUACAGACUCUUCGUCUUCAAGCUCGACGAGUUCAAACCAAAGUUUCAGCUUUAAGCUUGGUGCAACAUUAUGGGAGGUGGAUGUGGUGUUAGGUACUGACUCGAGAGAAUUCGCCAAUGUGAAUGUUAAAGGUCUUGCUGCUGAUAUUCUGCUGUGUAAUGGAGGAGUGUUCUUGAAAUCCACGCAGAGGGAUUUAUCCAUAACAGAUUUAAACCCCAAUACAUAUUACCCCAAGAUAAUUUCAGUUGAAAACGAGAAUGUCUUCGACUUUGUGUUCAAUUACUAUGGUACAACAGAGUCUGUAUAUUCAUCUGGUUCAGACUCCCAGUCGUCCAGUGAGCUCAAACCAGACGGCUCACUAGAUAUGAAUAUUGGUCGUGUAAAUGUGGUAUUUGUGUAUAGAUUUGUUGAUGAGUUAAUGCGAUAUUUUGAGCCAUUAACAAGUCCACAGUCAACAAAAUACGUACAAGAAGCUGCAUCAAAAACAGUGUACACACAGUUCGAGAGCCUCCAGUCCCAAGGUAGUCGCAUCGCACUCGACGUGAAGAUUAACGCGCCUCUUAUCGUGAUGCCUCGUCACUCGAGCUCCAUAGACAUGCUGAUCGCUGAUCUGGGUCAUCUGGAGCUGCAGAAUGAAUUUGAGGUGUUUGAAGUAGCUGAUAGUAGGGAGAAAAUAGUUUUUGAUAUGAUGGAGCUGACUUUACAGUCAGUACAGUUGGCUAGGGGACGAAUGGAUCUCAGCAACUCAUCGGUGGUCAAGCGAUACCUCAUUGAACCAAUCAAAAUGGAUGCUCACAUCAGACGAUCCCUGAAGCCUUCAUGUCACGACUUUCCUUUCAUAGAUGCCAAUGCAUCACUAGACUUCGUCAAGAUGAAUCUUGGUGCAAAAGAUUACCUGCUCCUUACCACGAUAACCCAGGAAAAUCUCAAUGAAGGAAAUAACUUACACGUUGCAGCAGUUGAUGCCAGUUUGACUCCAGAACAUGUCAUCGAUCAAAAUGUCCCCAAUGUUGUUUCACCUGGAAAUGAUUCUGCAGACACGUCUUCUCUUGCAACAUCAUCGUCUGGGGAGACGUGGGAGUACAUGGCUUUUGCUUUCGAGGUUCCUGGUGUGACGCUUACUCUCUACACCAAUGAGAAAGAUCUGGAUCCAUUUGACUCACGGUCACCCAUCUAUGAUCCUGAAACAGCCUUGUGCCGCUGUGAUGUUGACAAGACAUCGCUACAAAUCGCUAUACCUAGUGAUUACUCUGUUCUAGUCCAGGGCAUUCUACAUGGCAUAUCAGUAGAGGAUAUCAGGCAAGACUCUUGUUCAGAAUUUCCAAGAUUGAUUGACAAGAAACUAGGUUCGUAUUCAAAGGAGCUUACAUCUUCACAAGAUAUGUGUGAAUUUGUUUACAGCCAAAAAGUGAAUGGAGAUAUUGAUGUUGUCUUACAGCUACAAAAUGCCGCCAUCUUCGUCAGUUUUCCUUUUAUUUGGCCUUUGAUCGAGUUCUUCACCGCGGUACCAAAAAUAGAAACUGAUGAAGAUCACUACAUGACUCCUGCAGAGAGUCAAACCUCCCUGGACGCUCCUCCACCCCAGUCAUCCCCAGAUAGUCCUCCCCAGUCCUCUUCUCGUUCUCCUAAUACAAAAGUUAUACAUCCAAAGCCAGCUAGCAGUGAGAGUUCGUCUCAGCAUGCGAUGCCUGUGUCAAGGCCCAGCCAAGUUACGGCAGAUUAUAAGAUGACAGUACGUGGAACAGUUAAAAAGCCGGAUAUCGUUCUGUUGGCAAAUCCGUUAGUUAAAGAUUCAGAAGCACUGAUCUUACAGACUGAGGUGGAAUUCGAAUAUAACAUGGCAAAUGAAAACCAAAGCCUUCGUUCUGUCGUAUCUGGGCUGCAAAUGAUGUCCUGUCAAUUUCCUCAAGUCAAGGAAACGUCUUUUAUGGUAUUGAGUCCAUGUGACGUCAUCCUUGGUUACAAAACACCUUUGGCUGAAGGCAAGGGACAAGGGAUAUCUAUAGGAUGCGAGAACAUGAAAUUCCAGUGUUCUCCUUCCCUCUAUCAUGUAAUAAAUGAUGUUAUUAUCAACUUAUCUGGACAAGAGAAGGUUUCUGAAGGAGUUCAAACUGAUGGCGAACAACGAAUAAAUCCACCAGAUGAUCUGUGGGAGCCCCAGCCUACCACGGCCGAUCGUUGGCGUAGGAAAACUGCUCAGUCAACAGAAAACAAUACGGUAUCUCGACAAUCUACAGGAGACAAGAUCGCUUUGAACACCAAGGAAGUGCAGAUAAUGCUGGUCAAUGAAGUCCAUGGUGCACUUGUGCCGUUGCUACUGAUGAAGACUCAAGUAGAAGCCAACGCUCUAGACUACACUGCACAGAUGAAACUAGAAGCUGAUAUAAGUGUAGAGGUGACGUAUUACAAUGAGCGCCUAGGAGCCUGGGAACCACUAAUUGAACUGGUGGAUGAGGACCGUGAUAAUCCACGAUGGGAACUACAGCUAAAGAUAUUUUUCGCUGAUGGUUACAUAUCAUCGUUUACACCACGUGACCAAGAGUCUAUAGACGGUCCACCACAGGACAUGACGGAUGGCCCUGAUGCACAUCGAUGGAUUGCCUGGCAGAAUCGACCACGUUCUGAAUCCAAAAAAGCACUGACGGCAAAGCCAUCUGCUCUGGGGAAACGUGACAGAAAAUCUUUUAAGUCUUCAAAGAGAGAUCAACGUCGUAUGGCAAUGAAAACCAAAGACUCAGACGAAGAAGAAGACCUAGAUUACGAAGGUGCCCUUCAACAUUUCGUCCUCAGCUCCACUCGUUUAGUUGGGCCCGAAGCAGUCGAUAGUAACCUGGAUCAUGUCGACGGUGACGCCACUGAUGACGGAUUUUUAUCCGAGGAAGUCAAACCACAAGCGAUGUAUAUUGUCUUAAACUCCCAUGACGUCAUACAGUUGACUGUUACUCCUACGUCACUGGGUGUUCUAACUGAUUUAAGCACGGCAUUCACAGAGAAAACAGAAGGAAGAGUGCGUAGUAUACAGGGACCUACAUUCUCCAUUCGCAAUGAGCUUGGUCUUCAUGCUACAGUCGUUGUUGCCCACGAUGAAAAGAUACUUGACAGAAGCGACGAAAUCUUGACAGUAUGCCACAGGAAGCCCAAACUCGAACGUAAUGUUAGUCUAUCUGAUGCUUUCGCGGCUAUGGCCGUCACACUUCUUGCUGAGCACAAAAAGAACAAGAAAAAAACACUUUUUUCUGAGCCACUUUUGGAUCGAUUUAGAGAGAAGUUCUCUAAAAUCCAGAAAAAGAGGUCCUCAUCCUUGCCGACGCUCCCAUUAGAAGGGAAGACUCCAAAGAGUAAAGCAUCAAGAUUUCAUAUCGGAGAUAAAGCGAACGGGAAGAAACGGAGACUGGAGAAGAGUGCGUCCAGUGAUUCUGGGUCAACGAGCUCUGAUACUUCAAAACAUGAUUCGUUGUCGGCGAAAAAGUCCCGUAGUGAUACAAGUGAUUCCGAUGACGAAGAUAAGUGGAAAACGCGCGUGCGCAGAAGAAAACGCGAGCUCUUUUCGUUGGCUAAACACUUGGAAGAAGACGAGACAGACGGCGCUGUGGAUGCUGAGAAGGCCACUCUAACAGAUAUUAUUAAGGUGAACGAUACUGACGAAGAGGUUGGUCAGAAGAUAGCAUAUGCUGUGGGUAAUGUUGGUGCAGUUAUCGGUGGAAUAUCCUCGCCUAAGUUCAGUGACAGUGAACAAGAAGAUUCGUCGCCCAGAAAAGAAGCUGUACAAUCGACCGACGAUUCUGUUGAUGGCAGGCGAGAGCAAGAGGAAGAAAGCUACCUUGCAUUUGAAGUCGAUGGUUUUUAUAUUGUGGACUAUGUACCUAUAACUCGUUCAGGGCGUUACCUGUACAAGCUGAAACCACGUGUUGGAAAUGAGACCAACUUAAACAGCCAUGCCGUUGUUCAGGUGGAUAUUAAGAAUGGACAAAAGACAGUGAUUAUACGCUCUCCCUUACAGCUUUUCAAUCAUCUGGCCAUGCCCGUAGAUCUUCUGGUGUUCGACGAUAUGAAGAUAGGAAAGAAAAAUCCUUAUAAUUAUGUCCAGACAGUUGCUCCUGGUACUACCAAUAACAUACCAAUGUCUAUAGCACAUGAUAAGGAUCUGUAUAUUAAACCACACUACCCCAGGUGCGAUGUUUGUCCAGAUUCCAUAUCCUGGCGUUUAUUUUCUAAGAACGAGUGUGACUUCAUUUUAAAAUUCCCGCAAGAGCCAUUAGUGACGUCCUUAGAGUCACUGGAAUCUCUUGAGUCACUGGAAUCUGAAGAACCUCUACAGGUCAAGGUCCGCUGGCAAGAGGAUAUUUUGAACAAGAAGCCAAGUAAUGACGUACCUCAUCACGUGAUCCACCUCCAUCCACCAAUCACGUUACAUAAUUUGCUGCCAGUAGAGAUAGCACGUUUAUCAAAGGCUAACGAAGAAAAAGAAGAACUGGUUCUACCUGGUGAAAAGGUUUCUGUCAUGACUGAAUCGGUAGAAAAUGUUUGUCAGCUGACAAUAAAGCUAAAGAACUACAAAGAAGAAGACUGGGUUGGUACGUUGAGCAUAACCAAGGAAACAGGAAAAACAACAGAACUAGUCGUGACUUCUUUACAAGACAACACAAAUCAACUGGUUCUCGGGGUGCUGAUAAUGCCAAGUGGUACUACUGAUGUAACAUUAUAUGCACCAUACUGGUUGAUCAACAAGACCUAUUUUCCAAUGGAAUGCAGGGUGUCUAAGACGCAUCAAAUCUAUAAUCAAUCAGCAGUGGACGAUCAGCCAGUACUGUUUAACUUUACUGGAAAGUCAUCUAGGAGGGUACGACUAAAGAUUCUAGAUUGUCCUUGGUCCAAAAGGUUUUCACUUGAUGCUGUAGGCGACUGUGGAGUCGUGACGUGUCAUAACCCCAAGAAAACACGAAAGUUUGAGUUUGUUGUACAAAUCGAGAUGUCGCAGACAGGUCUUACUAAGAUCAUCACUUUAACACCCAAGUACGUGGUCAUCAACAAAACAGAGUUUUCCAUAUCGUACUGUGAAGACAGCUCAAAGUCACCACUGUGGUUUGCCAUUGAACCAGACGAGAUCAAGCCCUUUUGGCCAAAAAGUUCCGGUAAACGAAUCCUCAUCAAGCCAACCUUGUCAGCGUUCGCCUCUAAAGCAAUACCAUUUGAAUACUCACACACGACUGUACUGCGCAUGUUCGAACCAAGGGCCAUUAACGUCGAAGUGCACGGAGAGGUGGAGGACUCAGUGACCACAAUUCUCUUCACACCCUACUCCCCUGGGGUAGCUACGAUACGGAUUGAAAACCUUUGUGAUGAUGUUGCUCUCCGGUUUAUGCAAGAAGAUGCAGGUCACGUGACCAUACUUCAACCCCAGUUCUCCGUUCUGUACACGUGGGAUGAUCCUACCAAGACACGCAGGUUGUUAUGGAAACCCUACCUCGGUGUGGACGAUGCUAUGGUAGCGCCUGUCUCCAAGGACGAUCAUGGCCACGUUCAACUAGAAGUCAACGCAAAUGGUCCAGACAUAAAAGAAGACCGUAAAACGAUGGAAGACACAAACAACAAAUGUGUUCCUUCCUGCCUGAAGCCAUCAGUGCCGUCUCACGAUUCUGAUGAUGAUACUGGUGGUGCAGAUGAGGUUGACAGUGUUGCUGCAAGGUUUAGAAGGAACAAGCGAACAAAGAAGACUAUCUAUUGGGUAUCUUUACUGGAUGGGCUUCAGAGAGUGUUGAUCUUUACACAGAAUGGUAAACUAGCUGCUGCUGCGAGAAGGAGCAGCGAAUGCGAACCAGUAACCUUUGAAUUAUUCGUAUCGUUGGAUGGUGUUGGGAUGUCACUAAUGAACAGUAAGCCACAAGAGGUGGCAAACAUAACGCUAUCAAGUUCAACAUCUGUUUGGCAAGUAGAGAAGUCACCAGGUCGAUGGAAAACCCUCGGUAUUGAACUGGCUUCCUGGCUGGAAGACGCCUGGAAAAAUGGCAAAGAACAGAUUAAAAUGGAUGAAAAAGCUGAAGUUGAUUUCAGCCGUAUGUUCAUGAAAUCUCCACACGAGGGUGCGCUACGGCGAUCAUUUGAGCCAGCGUUCUGGUUCCAUUAUUGUUCAUCACGACACUACCAAAGUGUUCACUGCAAGAUGCACAGAAUACAGAUUGAUAAUCAAUUGUAUGGCACAGUCUUUCCGGUGGUCUUGUACCCAGCUCCUUUACCGCCAGGUGUGGCCACCAGACACGGCCCUAAACCUUUCAUCGAGAUGUCAAUUAUCUAUCACGAGGUACCAGGACAGGGUAUUUAUCACUUCAAAUAUGCCAAAGCUCUUGUGCAGGAGAUGAACGUCAAGUUAGACAAGAGUUUCAUCAUCGCCAUCGGUAGUCUACUGACCAAACCACCGGAGGAAUAUAACGAGGAAGAGUAUUUCAAUACAGAUAUGAAGAGAGUGAAGGUGCACUUGAAAGAAACAAUGGCAGUUAAGGCAGCCCUACAAACACAACAAGUGUUCCUAGAGUACUUCCAUUUGUCUCCGCUAAAGAUCAAUCUUAGUUUCUCGCUUGUAACCGACGUAGACGAGGACUUUGAUCAAGUAUUCGCAGCAAACAUCAUGGACUUCUUCAUCGAUUCAAUUGGAGCGACACUUACCGACAUGAAUGACGCGCAACUCAAGUUAGCGUUUUUUGAACGUGUGGGUGUUUUUAUCACACAAGAAAAUCUACAAGCACAGAUAAUCACGCAUUACACGAUGCAGGGCGUGCGUCAAGUGUAUGCAUUAGUCCUCGGUCUAGACGUACUGGGAAACCCUUACGCUCUGAUAUCAGGCAUCGGUGAAGGUGUAAAGGACCUGUUCUACGAACCGUACCAGGGUAUUAUCUACGGACCACAAGAGUUUGCUGAAGGUCUUGCUCGAGGAGUGAAGAGUCUUCUUGGACACGUCGUGGGAGGGACGGCGGGUGCAUUCUCUCGCAUCACGGGUAGUAUUGGUCAGGCAGUAGCCGCUCUAACAUUCGACACAGACUACAGACUGAAAAGGCGACAGCGCAUGUACGUAGAACCUUCAGGGAUUGGUCAAGGCCUAAUGAUGGGAGGAAAGAGCUUGGUCAUGGGUCUYGUAUUUGGCAUCGGAGGAGUGGUCACAAAACCUAUUGAAGGUGCGAAGUCAGAAGGAGUAGAAGGGUUUUUCAAAGGCAUUGGCAAGGGUCUACUAGGAUUACUGAUGCGUCCAACUGGAGGUGUCAUUGACAUGGUCAGUUUUACCCUUGAUGGUAUCAGAAGAGCCUACCUCGAAGCUUAGAGCUUUCAAGAGACAUCUACGUUUCUGAUUAUAGUAUAACCGACCAAGAAAACAGUGCACUUGUUCUGUUGACCAACAAGCGUAUAAUAAAGCUUUAUCAGAGUCGCUUCUGGCAUGAAUGGAAAGUUGACUGGAUGUGUUUGUACCAAGAGGUGUCAUCACCUCCAUUCAUUGCCAGUAAUUCUCUUGUCCUUAAGUACCAAGCAAGAGGUACGAGUGAAGAUAUAUCGACAAAUAUUUACGAAAUCUGCUCCAACAACCCAGAGGAUCUGAGGGCUUUGAAAUCUAAAAUCAGUGGUCUACUACGUCGUUAUAAAUAACUCCUGAGAGUUAGACAAGUAAGAUUUAUCUCCAUCGCUCUCCCUUUCAUUGAAAUUUUAUCCCAAGUCUCUAUUUUAUAAUAUUUCUUCUCAACAUCAGAUGCUGGGUCAACAAUAUAAACGUAUUGAAUUAAGAAAUACAAAUGGGACAAAAUCGUUCUGAUAGAGCCUCCUGGUAUUACAGGACUUCAAGAGGCUAAAAAACAUACUUCCUCAUUAACGAUAAUAUAAUGGUCUUAUUCCUUAAUUUUUUCGCCUUUCUUUAAAGGCAUUUCACAGACCUUAAAAACAAGAUUAAAGCUCGCCUUUUCGUUUUUAUUUUUAGAACUAAAUUAAGGAAAUAAGGUAACUAGUCUUCUCUAGGGGAAGGCAUUUCAAAUUUUUGGCGAUGCAGAGUAAUUUCUCACAGAGAGUACAAAGGGGUCUUCUGACCUUUAUAAACCUUUUUAACUGAGCCUGAUUUUAGAAGCAUGGCAUCCUAAUUCGAUUUUUAUAAUACAAAAAGAGAGAUGGGAAAAAAGAAAGAAUUAAAGCACAAUUUUUUGUGCUUCGAUUUUAUUUGAAGAACCUGAGAUUGUUUCCCGUCAAGAAGUAAAAUACUUUGGCCGGUGGGAAACAAGAACGGGGACAAACCUGGCUCUUCUUGUGCUGUAUUGUCAGCUUUUUGUUGUUUUAUUAGCCAAUCAGUAGGACUUGGAAACGAAGGCUACUCUUUGUAAAAUGGGGGAAACUUUAUGUCGUACGCGUGCGUAAAAAUGUCCUCGAAGGACUGCAAAAGUUAUUACCUUGAUUUUCUAUGAACAUUUUAGAGAAAGUCUUAGUGGUUUGUGCGAAUUUUUUCUAAAGAAUUUGUAACUUUUGUACUGCAGUGUGCUGCUAAAAUAAUUGAAUUAAAUGUAAACUUCGUUAUGGUAA